ACGGAUAAACCUAUUUAUCAUAAAACCUAUGUGAAUAUCGAAAAUACCGAGUUUUAGCUUAAAAAGACAAAUCAAAAGUACAUGAAAUGAUAUGCAUUGACAGAAUAUAAGUGCCUGCAGGAAAAUAACCACUAAAUUGUAAAUACACCGCGUUCGUGAAUCUGCAUCUCGAAAAUCUUUUCAUGGGAAUACUACUGCGAUAAAUAUACGAUGAUACUGAGUUGACAUUCACAAGGACGAAAUAUUUAUUGGCACGGUAAAUUAGUAAACAACGGGUUUGCCGCUUUAUAACUGGGUCAAAGGCGUUCAAAACAUCAUAGUGAAAUAAAAAAUGUAAGUUUGCAUUUAUGUGUGUCUGAAAUAAAGUGUUUGAGGAGUGUUGAAUCUGUAUAUAAACACACAGGGCACUUUAACUUGAUAGACUCCUCAAUGUGCAGGCAAACAUUAACACAGGAAUGGAUAAGUAGCACUUGAAACCAUGGAUAACGUUAAAGGGAAAGGAAAAGCGUCCAAGGAUGAAGUUCCAAAAGCACCCGAGAGGCAACGUGGGAGGAGAAGUAUGCGAGAGGGUGUGUCCAAUGCCUGGAGUCAGGUUAAGAGAAGUGUUUCACCCGGAAGCAAGAAACGUAAAAAACAAGGGAGGGCCCCUUUAUCCGAACUUGAAACCCAAGAUAAUCCUGAUUCCUCUAUAUCGUCAGAUAGCUUACAAUCUACCCCUAGUUUAGCAGCUUCCGAUACGCCUCAAAUGAGAAGAGAAUCCUCGUCGAAGUUCAGAAGCAAAAAUAAGCUUACACCAAGCACCUCCGAACCAGAGCUUGAUAGAAACGGUAGGGCAAGAAGUGGAAGUUUUGGUCAACGUCUGUCCGCUGCUUGGAAAGAUUUAAAGAGGGGAAUGUCUCCAAAACCUCGAAGAAAACGCAAUCUGCGAGACGAUGAUUCCAUAAGCUCAAAAUCAUCAAUAGAUCCUGAUUCAAGCUUUGAAUAUGGCAUGACUGAAACAAUCAGUAUGCCAGCUAAAGAACAUUACAAAUCAACCCCUAACAUCCAGGCAUCUACCAGUAGUGAAACCAUCCCCAAACCAAGAGCACUUGACGACACUGCUGUUCAAACAGGAUCUCCUGGUUUGAAGUCUGGUUCAUCAGAGCCCCAAUAUUUAGAUAAGAAAUCUAAGCGUGAACGCAAGAACAGCUUCAGCAAAACGAUAUCUAAAACAUGGAAAGAUAUCAAAAGAGGAAUGUCUCCGAAACCCAAGAGAAGGUCGGCUCCAGUCGAAGUAAUCGAUAGAGACUUUGACAGUUUUUCUCACGAAGAUGAAAAUAAUGAAUUGCCCGGUGGUUUGUAUAGAACAUUUGAGACCAAAACAUCCCCGCACCCUAAAGUAUUCUACGAGUCGCAACCGGAUGUAAGCAAGUUAGGUAAACGUGAUUCAGCCCUGUAUAAAUCUACUCCUAAUAUUCAAUCAGACUCUGCCUCUGAAGGCAUGAGUCCCGCUCAAUCUAUGCCUCAACUCCCUCGAGGUAGAGAACGACUAUCUAGAAGCAACAGCUUGAAAGAAGGCCUGAAUACAAUCGUGAAGGGCAUUAAACGAGGACUGUCGCCGAGAGCCAAAAGGAAAGCCAUGAGGAACAGGCAGAGUGAUACAGAUAUAGACAGAAAGUCGAGUAUUGAGGUUAAGCCAGAUGACAUACAGAAAGAGACUCCUCCAUCUCCAGUUAAAGUCACUCCCAACAAGAUAUCAAAACCCGCAAACAAACCUCCCGAUCCCCCUACUUCACCCGUUCUUACUUUGGAAGGUGACACUCCAGCUGACACUCCUGCAAGAAUAGUACAUGUCGCCAAGGUUCAUCAAUCAGCUGGUCCCCCACCUCCACCGAAAAGAACUAGCUCUAUCAAAAAGCAAGACGAAUCCGAUGGCGUAUUUACCGAAAAAGAAGGAGCAAUAAGUCAACAAGAAACACCUAAUUUGAAUGCCGAUGGUGAAGUAAUACAGCCAGCUGUGAAACAAGAAGAUAUGCCACCUAGACGGGAUUGGAAUGAAGAAGAUUCCCUGCCAUCUGAAGGGUUUAUUACAUAUAGGCCUAGGUAUUCUGGGAACUAUGAAGAAGCGAUGGAGGAACGACCAAUAAGUAACAUAGAAGAAGCAGUCGCUCUGCAACAACAUGAGCCUGGACUGACGCUGCAGGAAACAAUUGUAAAACAAAUUGAAACUGCAGUUACUCAAGAGAAUAUUAAUGUAGUUGCUCAACCAACUGAAUACAUCAAUGAAACAAGUGUGAAAAUAGAGGACCAAACUAUUCAGAAAGAACAAGCUCCAACAAAAGAAGCACAUGUCGAUAUGGUUGAUGAAAACGAAAAUCACCAGAUCACAGUCGACAUCCCACCAAUAGAGGAAAGUCUAGAUCCAACAGAAAGAAUGUCAAAUUAUCAUUCAAAGACUGAAAAGAAACGUGUUUUUAAGAAAGAAAUACGAAAAAUCACAGAGCAGAGUGUGGCGUUUCCUGCUCCUCCAGUCCCCGUUAUGAUGGAAACUGACCUUGAUGCAAUCAUCGCCAUGCAGCCAAAGGAGGACCUCAAGAAAGAAGUAACCACGAAGUCGUCAGUCCCAACUUCACCAAGUAAUGUUAUCCCUGACGAUACAAAUCAAUCAAAGCCUGAAGUAAAGGAUGGGCAAUCACCACACGUUAUGAUUGUAGAGAAACCCGAUGCAGUUAAAGAUCAAAGUUCCCCCACCAAAACACACAUAAAACAUGUCAUAGAAACUAAAACAACAACACGGGAAGUGCAUCCGUUGACUGGGAAUAAACUAAAAGAAAAUGAAGAACAGAGUAGCAAAGACCAAAAUCAGGAUGAAAUAAAAAUAGAUAAAGAUGAGACUGAGUCAGAUGCUUGUGUUUUAAUGCAUAACAAGGAAGCCAAGUCUCCGGAAAGUCCCCUUCAUGAAAAUCACGAAGAAAAAGAAAAGAAAACUAAACAAUCGACUGAAGAACAAACAUUUCCGGCCACCACAGAUGAUAACAAAACGCCAAUAUAUGAAAAUCAUGAGCCUUUUAACAGUGGACUUGAGUUGAAUCAUAAUGUACCUGAUACAAUGGAUAUGCUGCAAGUAAUCGGAGAUAUUAUUGAGAAUGGUGAAAGGGACAUAAUCCAGGUCGAUGAAGAGGACUUGUACAUACCCAUGGGGGUUCCUGGCAAGGACAUCGAUGAAGACACGCACAUUUAUGAAGAAAUGUCCUUUGAAUCCCAACAGAGAAUUGAAGGUGAUGCCACUGCAGGAGAUAAGACAGAGGUAGAAACAUUCACAGAUAGGAUUGAAUCAGAAGUAAUGGCGAAGGUUAACGAAGCAGCUACAUAUAUUGCCAAUAAUAUAGAAGAUAACAAAGCCUUACAAGAGCCUGACGUUGCUCGAAGCAUCAAACAGGAACCGGAUGAUAAAACAAUCGAGGCACUAAACGUUGAUCCAACUGAGAGAAUAUCGAAUUACUAUUCUAAGUCUGAUAAAAUACGUGAAAUUAAAAGAAAAACCAGCAAGGCAUCUGACAGAGUGAAUGCACAAGAGGACUCGACUUUAAAGGAACCUGACACAAUUCCGGUCCUCACACAACAACAAGAUCAUGCAACUGAGGAGAGUCUUACUGAUACUAAAAAUGAGCUUCAAAUCAGCCCUCGAGAUUUUCAAGAACCUGAAGACAUUCCGGUUGACAAGACAGUUCGAAUUCCUACUCAGUCAGUAGUUGCCCUGUCCCAUACAGAAAAACCAACGGAUGCGUAUAUUUACAAAUCACCUUUCACCAGAGGGGACGAAACAGCUGAGCCUGCAGUUGAAAAGAAUGCGGAUUAUUUCUCCAAGAUGCGUGAGAUGUUAAAACAACGACGAAAAUCCCAAGAACAACUUUUGGAAAAUUUUGAAGCGAAUUUGGAGAAAGUUAUCACUCCGGACAUAAAACUCGAAAACAGAAGUGGUUUGACUCCAGCGUCACUAUCGCCUCCUAGUUCUGUUCAUUCUGACCAGUCUUCGAGAUUUUACGACAAAGCUCCACCGUUAUUUCCAACAAGCGAUGACCCUCUUUCCCGUAAUGUAGACACUUCUCUUCAGCAGGAUGUCCCAUCUAGGUAUAGAUUCACAGAGAGAUCAUCUGAAACAAUUUCAACAACUCAACCUUCAUCACCGUUGGACAGAAAAACUACGCUGCCUAGUUCAUCUGUAUCCCAGACGCACGCUAUCGAACCUAAACAAUCCUCUCCUAACGCUGAUGUAAAUAACGACAAACCAAUAUCAACGUCUACUCCACAUGAUUUACCAAUCAAACCAUUUUUCCCAGCGGGUAAAGACAAAUCCAUUUCUCCGAUGAAACCUAUAAAUGUGAACAAUGAAAUAAGUGAAUAUACAAUCAAAGAGCAGCUUCAUGCUACAGAUGAUGAAGUAAGACACAUUUUAGGUCAGUUCAGAGACCAGUUCGAUGUAGGUGAAGCUAGGGAUGAAACAGGAAAGAGAGAUCCUGAUGGAAUAAAACAACAGCCAGAUGUCACAAAAGCAGACAACAGAAAAACCUCAUCGACAUCAGUUGAUAUUCUUCAUGAAUCUGACGGAAUAGAUGUUAAUGACAUUGACCAGGCAAAAAUGAACCCAAUAUCCGAACAAAGAGAGCAUUUAAUUUAUGAUGUUCUCAGUGGGACUGUAAUGCCAGAUCAAGCCAAUGAAACAGGAGAGAUAGAAGAGCAGAAAGAAAGCCUUGAUGAGAGCAGUAAUGAUAUUGUACUUGUAUAUGAUAACGUUGCACCAAACGAAAAAUCACCGAAUGAUAAGACUGGUGCACAAUAUUCGUUGGAUGAUGAACCACAAACGAAGCCAUCUCUAAGUAGAGGAUCGUCAACAAGCCGAGAAGACACUGUUGCUCAAAUUCUAUCCAACUUACAAGAUGUAAUACCAUACUCCGGUACCAAUGAUGGAGAUAAAAAUGGAAAUGAUAAAAAAUCUAUUGAGGAUCAGUGGGAAAUUGUUUCAUCAGAUGAGGAUGAUAUAGUGACACAUAUUGUUAAUUAUGGUACAAAGGAUAUUGAAGACGAAGACCAUACAGAUGAUCCAUUUAACAACACGGACAAUAUCCAACGUACAUCUAGCCCUGAAGUAAACAUAUGUUUCUCAUCUACUAAUGAUCAUUCAUCUCCAAAAGAUUUAGAGUCUAAUUCAACAGAAUCGGAUAUAUUCUUCGCUGUUGUUGACAGCGUGCCUUCUUCACCAGUGGAGCCAAGCGUGAGAUCACUAAGUGACAUAUGCACUGAGUCACUUGUACACAUUCCCGACAUUACAGUCGAUGUGCAACAACAGUUACCGAUGGAAGACAAAAACGAAAUUCUAGUCGAGCAAAGAACAAUGACCGAUGAUGUAAUGCACGAAACGUUUGAAGCUAGAAAGGACAAUCCACUUCAAGCUGAAUUGAGCUCUUCAGACAAACAGCUCACUAUAUCACCGCCUUGUGAUGAUCCUGAACUGAUACAGAACUUUGCCAAGGCUCAAAAAGGAUCUGUCCAGCAUCAGAACAUAGUUGGGGAGUACUACCUGAAUAAGGCUCGAUCAGGCGCAUCUCCACAACAGGAUGGAGCAAUUGCUGUGCAUUGGUUGAUCCUCGCAUCAAUGCAUGGUCACAGCGAGGCUACGAAAGCAUUACAACAGUGUCUUCAGAAUAACAUAGGGAUAACCCAGGAUAAUAUGGCUGAUGUUAAAUUCUGCGUGGAGACCCCAGAGAUGGAUAAACUUAUAAGAAGAACGGCUGGUGACUUAUUUAAACGAACAGCAAGAGAGGGCGAAGAGAAAUUGUCAACGGAAGAACUUGUUGCUAAAAUUACUGAUAACGAGGAAGAACAAACAUUGAUGAAGAAUCACCUGAAGGACAAACCUGAGUUAAGUGAGGGGGAGUUCGUGGAGCUUGUGUCAAGAAGACUAAGAGGUGUUAGUGGAAAACGUUUAGCAUCAGAUGUAGAGGAUGACUCCUACAGUAGAUCAAGUUUAUGGGAAAAGUUGUACAAGCAUCCUAUGAAGACAUGUGGAUAUACGUGGAGUACCAUCACAGAGAUAGUGGCCUCGGAAGGUAUCGAAUGGUUGAUGAUAAUCUUCCCUAUACAACAGAUGUAUCUAAUAUUCCUGCUAUUCCUCGUGACAUUAGCCCUACAGACAAUGGGUUCAUUCAUGAUGGUGCUACCAUUGUUUGUUUUCUUCAUCUCGUUCAUUGUCAUGGUGAUUGUGUCACUACAGAUGUUCAUCAAUAAACGCAAAAUCCACGACGUCGAAGUGUGGUUGAACAUUUUGAAGAGACAAAACAGGGAUAUUGAUCUACAGAAAGCCACAAACGCAUAUGCUGUAUAUACAACUAAACCAUACUGGACGUUUUUAUAUGCAUGCCUCAUAACUAUAGUAUCAUUGGGAUUUUGUGAUAGAGCCUGGAUACCAUGCUCAGAGUUCUCAGUUGUUGGACUUGUGCUUUCAAUUGCAGCAUUCGCAUUUCUGGCUCCCCAUGACACAAAUGUACAUAUGUUCAUGUUGUGUAAUCUUGUGUCUGCGUUGUCUCCCGCUUUUAGGAACUUCCCAGACAUUCCAGUACUCGAUUCCAUAGUCUGGUUCCUUACAGGGGAUCUCAUUAGUAUACAACUGGGCGAGGCGGUGACAUUUAACAUGGGUAUACCUUCAUUGUUGUAUUUGUUCGUCCCAAUUUUAUUGUACAGGAUGGCUGUUUCGGAUUCAGGUCGUGGUUUUUAUAAUGUAAUGUUACCUCAACUGGUUGGGUUUCUAUGGCUGCAGAUUGGUAUCACAUUCUACGCCAGUUCCAGUUGGAAUGGAAUGUUCAGAGGUGCUUUUGGUUGGCCUGUGUUUUUGUUGUUUUUGCCAGUGUUUGUCGUUGUCAGUCUCAUUGGUCUCGUAUUCUUUGUGUUGAAACUCUUGAUCUCUGCAUCAUUUUUGCAGCUCGUAUGUACAGUCAUAUUCAUGUCUCUCCCAGUUGUUUUCACUCUGUGGUCAGAAAUGGGUUUCACAACAGAUUUCAUCAAUCUCAAAAAUAUGUCCAAAAGAGCCCGGAUUGGUCUCAGACUUGUAAGCGGUUGUGUUUUUACAUUGUUAUUGCUACUUGCCACCACGCCAUCUGUCGAGAAGGAAGACAUUCAGCCUCUUAGUUGGAAUCAGUAUGAACAUUUCUGUGGGCCUAGAGCAUGGGAGAGCACCAAUAUGGUUCAGACCCAGGUUCAAUGUGGUCAUUUCAGGAACCUUAGAGUCAGGUGGACAGGUACAAUCAAGAGUGUUUCUGUAAAUAGUACAAACAAUUAUGUUCAACGGUUUGUGGACAUAUUACCAUCGGGAGUUGGUGAAUGGGUGUCGUGUAUGUAUGGCGAAAAGUUUGAUAAGUUUGAGCAAGAUCAAACACACGAGGAAGACCCUGAAGUAAAGGCGCAGUCAGAUGAUGAAGGCUCUAACAAUGCACAAAGUAAUGAUAAAGAUGCACCCGAAGAAGAAGAGGGUGAAACAGAAUCUGAAAUCCCAGCACAGCAACCAGAAUUUGACCUCACAGCAAAUCAUCCUCAGUUUGGGGAGACAAAGGGGUUUUGGAUAGGCCAAAACGGCCCAUGUCAUGUGAGAUCACACGACGAAUAUGUCUUUAAGUUAGUAAUAUCAAUGUCUAAGGAUGACAGUAACCCACAUGACACAUUACAAGAUGUAGUUCUGUUUGCUCUAGAUGAUUUCAGGGAUGUCAUGUUCAAACUAAACCCAGGUGACGAGGUCAGUUUUGUUGGUAAAUUGAAAAGUGGAUUAGGUGGAGCGACACCCGUAUUAAACCUCAAGUCAAUAGAAUGUAUAAGUUGUAAUGUAAAUCUGUCAAGUGAUGACAAUUCGGGUGAUGAUGCUAUAACUGGUGCCAUAUCAGAGGGUCUUGCAUUCAUUGUCAAUUUCUUCACUCGACCUGUAGUGGAAAUUAAAAGUUAGAUGGGAUGAAUUCACACCGGCGGAUCCAGAAGCUAACAGGGGGACAAGGAAAAUAAUUUCGGAUCCCUAAAUCCAAAAAGUGAGCCCAAUUUUGAAAAUUCAAGGCCUAU